CCUGACUAGGGAUCAAACCUGGACCCCUCUACAUGGGGCGUGUGGAGUCUUAGCUACUAGACCACCAGGGAAGUGAUGGUCUAGAAUAGGAUGAAGUUUUAAGAUGUGAGAUGAUCUUUUUGUUCUAUCUGUUGAUCCUUAAUACAGACUUUAUUUAGAGUUGAAGAUAUUGAGGUUCAAAGUGGUUGAAGGUGCAGUGGGUGAGCCUGGACUGGGCCCCACACCCCUGACUCUUGGCUGGGCUCUUCCCAGGCUGUGCUGCCUGCCUCUCUGUAGGCCUAACUUAGGGCUGCUGGUAUGUCUGUGGAGCUGGGCACUUAGUGCAAGUGAGGCCAUAGUUGGGACCUUUUUUCUGGCAGGUUGGUGAGGGAGGGCAGCUCCUUGGCACAUAAGGGGCAGUGUUUGGUUGAUGGGGGAACAGGGGUGCCAACAGGUGCCUGUGUCCCUGAAAACUGGGGAGCGGGGUCCAGGUACCCUCUGUAUGAGCCACGGCUGUGCCACCUACUGGUUUAUUCUCAUGCUCCUCUCAAAGAUCUGCACCUGUGUGUCCAGGUGAAAUCCAUGGAAGAGCGUUCAAGGCACCUAUUCUGGAUGCAUUGAUGGUCUUGGUUAGUGGUUAGAAUCUUCAUUUUGAUCCUCUUGCAGUCUUGGAGAUUUUAAACAGGAGAGUCAGCAAUCAGACCUUUGCGAAAGGCUGCAGGGGGGCUCCUGGCAGCCUGAGGGCAAGGCCACGUGACCCUGCAUUGUAGGUGCCGUUUCGAGGAGCUGACUAGCAUUCCUGCUAACCGCCAGAGCUGUCCGUCAGCAUGUUCUCAUUACUUCAGGGGGUUCUGGUCUUGGUUUACUUUGAGUUGUUUUUAAUCCUGUGUCCUCCUCCUUCAUGACCAGCACACCACACCCAUGACACUUCUGUGAUUUUUGACCUUGGUCCUUGAAGACUGCUCUUCUCAGGCUGCUCCUGCUCCCUGAAGCCCAGUCCCCAUAGCCCUGCACACAGACCCCACACGCCCGCCACUGCAAGGCCCUUCCAUUCCAGGGAGGGACCCAGCCUUCCUACUUGCAGGGCUGUCAUUGGAGACCACCGCCUCUCCCUAACGGGGCAGAGCCCCCAUUGAUGGGGUGAUGGGCUGAAUGAUGCCACCCUCCCUCUGAUAUUUCCAUGUCCUAAUCCCUGGAAACAUCACAUGGCAAAAAAGGAUCUCACGAUACGGAGAUGGUCCCAGAUUAUCUGGGAGGACCCUACACUCACUCACCUCCUUCUCUGAGGGUGAAAGAAUCGACACGGAGGCAAUGAAGUGAGGCAGCCACAGCCAAGGACACCAGGAGCCUCUGGAAGCUGAAGGGGGCGGAAGGGCCUCCCAGGACCUCCGGAGGGUGUGCAGCCUGUGACACUUUGAUUUCAGCUCAGUGCAGUGAUUUGGAUCUCUGGUCUCUAAAAUUACUAGAGAAUAAGUUUCUAUAGUUUUAAGCCAUGAAGUUUGUGGUGACUUGUUGCAGCACCCACAGGAAGUGAAUACAAAUGGGAAGGCAAAGGAUUCCAAGAAGAAAUGACUGGACCCAAGGCCUGGCAGACCCUGAUCUGCUGCCUGACCGUGUUCUUGUGACCUACUCCUGUCACCUGCGCCUGGACACACAGGCUCUCCGUUGCUAGCAGUUAAGAUGCAAGGGACCUGUGCCUCUCAAAAUAAACACAUGGCAGUCACCCACCCGCUGAGAAAGGCACACAGCAGGGCCAUUGUUCCUCGUCCUCCAGGUGAUGCCCUGGGAAAGGGCACAGCUGCCUGAGCCUUUAAAACCCCAGGGGGAACAGACAUUCCUGUGUGGAGCAGCGGCAGCUCCCGCUUGCGUUUCUUAACACUUCGUGAGUAUUUUUUAAGCAGCCAGAGGAGAGAACUAGUAUUGAAGAAUACCAGUUCUUGGCAGAAUUCUUUAUGAAAGGUUUCAGGUGAGUGUGCCCAGUGCCCCACGGGCUGGGUGACUUGUGCUUAUAGGAGGUGGACGCCCAACCGCGAGAACCCUGGCCAGUCCCGCGGAGGGGGUAUCUGGAGCGUGAAGGGCAGUGAGCUGGCACUACACUGCCAGGGGCUUCCUGGGCUGGUGACCCUCACAGAGCUCAUCUGCUGGCGGCUGAGGGCUGAGGAGAUCUAUGGCCCAUUAUGUGGUCCUUGGCACCUGGCUCUCACCCUGGCUGUUUGUCCAGCUGGGCUCAGGGAGGAGAGGGGGCCCAGUCUGCCCCCAGCCCACACAUGGCUCUCCCUUAUGCUCCAGGAUGAGGGGCACCAGGCUGACCGGGCUGCUGCUCACCCUGGCUGGCCUGCUGCAGCUGGGCCUAUCCCUGAAGAUAGCAGCCUUCAACAUCCGCACCUUUGGGGAGACCAAGAUGUCCAACGCUACACUCUCCAGCUACAUUGUGCAGGGAUGACCCAAACAACUACCACUAUGUGGUCAGUGAGCCGCUGGGCCGCAACAGCUACAAGGAGCGCUACCUCUUUGUGUUCAGAGGUCAAGGAAUUUGCCAUUGUUCCCCUGCACUCCGCCCCAUCAGAUGCGGUGGCUGAGAUUAACUCUCUCUACGACGUCUACCUGGAUGUCCGGCAGAAGUGGGACUUGAAUGACAUCAUGUUGAUGGGUGAUUUCAACGCUGACUGCAGCUACGUGACCUCCUCGCAGUGGUCAUCCAUCCGCCUGCGCACAAGCUCCACCUUCCAGUGGCUGAUUCCUGACAGUGCUGACACCACGGCUACGUCCACAAACUGCGCCUAUGACCGGAUUGUGGUUGCAGGGUCUCUGCUCCAGAGUUCUGUGGUUUCUGGCUCGGCUGCUCCCUUUGAUUUCCAAGCUGCAUAUGGAUUGAGCAACGAGAUGGGGCCACUGCCAAGUCCUACAGCGACCCUGUGUCUCCAGGCCCCGCCUCUCUCCCUUAAUCCUGUCCAUCCAAGAGACAGUGCUCUCACCGGCCUCUCCCUGCGGCUCCCUCUGGCCUUUAUUUCAUCAAAUACACCUUCUUCCCUGCAGCCCUGCAGGCUACAGACCUCCUGACUUACACCAGAGACUCCCGGGCCUGCUGGGCCCACAGCCUGCUGACCUGGGGAAGCACUGUGCCUGUUCCUUCAUAGGAAAUGGACAAGAAUUCUGCUUCCCUCCCAGGCCACCUUAAGUGAGCCGCUGCGGUAGAGCAUGGACACAAUACGUGUGCUACGGAAGAAGCCUUGCUCCCUGCCCGGCGGCCCAGAGACCCCCUUCCGCCUCCCACAGGGCCCUGGGUCUGCCCUCUGCUCUCGGCCGUUCGGACACCUGCCCCUCCCUCGCAGCCGCGCAGUGACGCCUGUUCCCUGGUGACUCUCUCUCUCUCACAGCUUUGAGCUGGACUGGUGGGUUCCUAGCUCAUGAAAGCCCACCCAGCCCCCAUCUCAGAACCCAAGUGGGAUGGUAUGCUCUUGUAUCCUCAGCUACUGCAGCCCCUUUAGACCUGGACCAGGCAGACCAACUGGGGAGCCCUCUUCUCUGCCCACCAGGCCCUCAACUGCUCACCUUCACUCUUGGCUCCCCCUGCUCUACAAAGUGGAGGCAAAGCCGAGCUUGCUCGUCUCGCGUCAGCAGCACCCCUGUGCACGUGACUACACAUGACAGGGCACACGAGUGCAGGGGGGCAGUGACAUGUCUGGUCUCCACCUCACACCAUGGCUCCAACCACUGCUGGGAGAGCACCCGCCAGGCCAGCAGCCCGGAGACGGCAAGCUGGCCUGCUGUGUGGUCACGGAGGGUCACGGC